UUUAAUUAACUACAUUUCCCAGAAUUCCCAGUUGACACUUGUAGUCACGUGAGAGAGGAAAAGCAAGCACGUGACCUUUCUCCCCGCAUAGUAGUAAGAGUUUGAAGGUGAAGUUUCCACUAGCGUGAGUGCUGGGCUCUGUUACUUAAUACAGCUCCAAGAUGUCAUCCUUGUCAGCUGCCAGUGUUGAGGCUCCUGCUGUGACUGAUGGCGCAGAGCAGAAGAAGCCUCUGAAACCGUGCUGUGCUUGUCCAGAGACAAAAAAAGUCAGAGAUGCUUGCAUCAUUGAAAAGGGAGAGGAGAACUGCAGAGACCUAAUUGAGGCGCAUAAAGAAUGCAUGAGGUCACUUGGAUUCAAGAUUUAACUCUGUGUUUUGUGCUUUGUUUAUGUGUGUGCUGGUGAGUGGAAGUUGGCCCAGGAUCUUCGUUUCUUUUUUCACCUCUUAUUUAUAUCUCCACUGGAAGGGAAAUGUGAUGUUGAAGCACUUGAAUUGAUGGAUUUAUGAGUUGAUAUUUUUUUUUUUUUAAACUCUGUGAAAUCUGCUGUAUGAAUAUCUUAAAGGCUGUCUGGGAAUGAAUAAAGGUCCUAUGCAAAAGGA